CUAAGCUCAAGUCUUUUACUCCUAACAAAUUAACAAUGCUUGAUAUUUUUUGAAAGAACAAAUUAGAAAUAUAAUACUCGUAGGGUCUAUUUCCUUAUAAUUGGAUGAAUGUAAAAUAAAUUCUACUUGUAUCAAUAUCCACAAAGAUCUCACUAGUUUAAUCCAUUCCAAUUUCCAAGAAUUAAAUCAAAAACUAAAAACGAAUACUCCAAAUUCAUCCUCUGAUUAAACCCAAGAAAUUCUUUGGAUUAUUUGGGCAAAUUGUGACCAACCACCGACCCCAACACACACCUUUGUUCAAUGUUCUUACAAGUAUUCCAUUCCCCCCUUCCCAUCAUCUCCCAUUCAAACACUUCCCUUCCCAUCUUUCUCAUCAUCACCCCUUUCCACUGACUUAAAAUAUGCACCUUUUUCUUACAUUCAUCCUCCUCCUCAUCGCCACUACCACUACUACCGCUAUCCACCAUGACUACGUCAAACUCCAACUCAUCCACAUUAAACCCUUCAAAACCCCUUCCGACAUCCUCCUCUUCGACACCCACCGCAUUCACUCCCUCCACCACCGCCAUUCCCUCAAAACCCCCCUCAUCUCCGGCGCCUCAAUCGGCUCCGGUCAAUACUUCGCCGGAAUCACCAUCGGAACCCCCCCUCAAAACCUCCUCCUAGUCGCCGACACCGGCAGUGACCUCACUUGGCUCAAAUGCUCCGCUUGCCGCACCACAAACUGCACCUCCAAUCACCCUCCUAACUCCGCUUUCUUCCCUCGCCUCUCUCUCUCCUUCCGCCCCACUCACUGCUACCACCCAUCUUGUCAACUCGUCCCUCACUCGUCAACUCACUGCCCUCGCCCUCACCAUCGAUACCAUUCUUCCUGUGUAUAUGACUACUCUUACGCUGACGGCUCCACCACCUCGGGCAUCUUCUCCAAAGAAACGACGUCGUUUAACUCCAGCUCCGGCAAAACAACCCACGUCCCGAACCUCAGCUUCGGGUGCGGGUUCCAAACCUCAGGUCCUGCAGUCUCCGACUCAGGCUUCGAAGGAGCCAGUGGUGUAAUGGGCUUGGGCCGUGGGCCCAUCUCAUUUACGGCCCAAUUAGGUAGACGUUUUGGGAACAAAUUCUCUUACUGUUUACAAGACUACACAUACUCUCCUCCUCCAACUAGCUACCUUGUGAUCGGAGGUGGACACGACGUCGUCUCCACCAAUAACAAUAUGGUUCAAUCGACCCCACUUAUACAUAAUACACUCUCGCCCACAUUCUACUACAUUGGUAUUCAAUCCGUAACAAUCGACGGUGUGAAAUUACCAAUAAGCCCAUCAGUGUGGGCCCUCGAUGAGUUCGGUGACGGCGGUACAGUCAUCGACUCAGGAACGACAUUAACGUUCGUUCCUGAGCCAGCGUACCGUCAAAUCCUUACGGUAAUGGGGGACCGAGUGAAGUUGCCUAAACUCAGUGAGUUAACUCAGCAAUUUGAUCUCUGUUUCAAUGUGUCUGGAGUGUUUCAUACGAGGUUUCCUAGGAUGAGUUUCGAACUGGUUGGUGACUCGGCGUUUGACCCGCCGCCUAGGAAUUACUUCAUCGAUGUGGCGGAGGAUGUUAAGUGUCUUGCUAUUCAGCAAGUUAUCUCGCCGUCUGGAUUUGCCGUUAUUGGUAAUCUUAUGCAGCAGGGUUACCUGUUUGAGUUUGAUAAUGACAGCUCACGACUCCUAUUUUCACGUAACGGUUGUGGGGGCGGUCCACGUUCGUGAUGUCUCGCCCGAAGUUGAUCCGGAUGAAACUAGAGGUGUUAAUUUGAAUAUUUGGAUCGGGUUUAUACGAGUUGAAAUUUAAAUUGGGUUUUUUUCGAGUCAGAUCGAAUCAGGCUGAUCGGGUAAGUUUUUGACACCACUGGGUGGGACGUGGACGGUAUAAUGUUUGUUUGGUUAAGGCUACCCAUUUAUUCUAGACGGGUGAAUUGUGUGUGGGUAUAAUGUUUGUUUGGUUAAGUCUACCCAUUUAUUGUAGAUGGGUGGAUUGUGGGUGGGUAUAAUGUUUGUUUUAUAAAAGCUGCCCAUUUAUUGUAGACGGGUGGAUUGUGGGUGGGUAUAAUAUUUGUUUGAUUAAGGCUACCUAUUUAUUGUAGACGGGUUCGAUUGAGUCCGAAUUUUGUACACGUAUUAUUUAUUUAUUUAUUUAUUUUUCCUAUAAUAUGAUUAGAUUGAUUUUGGUCAAGUAUAUUUGUGUUUCAUGGGGUACCUUAAUUCAAUUAUGUAUGAUUAGAUAUAUGAAAAGAAAGAAGUAAAAAGUUGGGGAGAUUGAUGUUGGAGGUUUUCGGAGGGUUUAAGCAGAAGUGAUGUCGGAUUCACAUGAAAAUACAUGUGGCAUGUCUUUGUCAGCGGAUAUGUUGGGGAAAGAUUGAAAUUGCGAAAUUAAUUUUGCAUUUAUUUGGCUACGUUCGUUAUUAAUGUUGGCGUGAUCUAUGGCAAAUUUGUCACUGGAUUUUGAUGUUAAUAUUGUGUUUUUGAUUUAUGAAAGAAGUUUGCUUCUAUGUAUUCUAUUCUUUCUAACUGUAUUACUGUAUUGUGAAGUUUUAUCACUGUUAUCUUGGCUUAACAUAGUACGAGGGCAUGUAAUUAUGUAAGCUAUAACUCGUAUGUUAAGGUUU